AUGGAGUACCUCGGCCCAGGACAGGUGCAGGACCCGUACAGACCUUCCAUCUUCGAAUUGGCAGCCCAAGAUCAACUGCGAGAUCUCCUCAGCCCCGUCGUCCGAUAUGUCCUGUCGGUCUUUGCGCAACGAAACCCUCGCUACCUUCUCCGCAUCGUCAACCACCACGACUCGCUCUUCGCACUGUGCAUGUAUUUCGUCGAGCGGCAUUACCUCGUCACGCACGGCGGAUCUUUCGCCGAAACGUUCUACGGCUUGAAGCGGAGAAAGGUGCUGGGCAGUGGGCGAGGUGGCCCGGGAGAAGAGAAGACCAAGGCGGCGUUUGAGCUGACGGGGAAGAGCGAUAGACUGGGCCGGAAGGAGGUCGCGGGUAGUCUGGCUUUCCUGGUCCUCAUGCCUUACCUGAAGACGAAGGCGACCGACCUGUACGAGCGACUUGGCGGCGGCGUCGACGCCGACCUUUUCUCCUCACCUUCCGCCCCGAUCUCCUCCCCUCUCGCCCUCCUCCGCAACGCCUCGCUCAAGCCUUCCCUCUUCACCCGCCUCAAACUCUCCUCGCAAGCCCUCUUCAAACUCUCGUAUCCCUACGUCAACCUUCUGUGGGAGCUUUACCUCCUCGUCUAUAAUCUGCGGUACCUGUUCGGAAAGAGCCCGUACUGGAGGCCGUGGUUCCGCUUGCUGGGUAUCGAGGUGCGACGGAUGGGCCAGGAGGACUACGAACGCCUCAACUCGAUCCAGACGCCGUUGCAGAAACUCUUCGCGGCUCCUCACGGCGCACCGCCUACGACUCGCCCGUCCAUCCGCCUCAUCCUCUCUCGCCUGAUCCGCCUCUCCCCCUCUCUCGCGCUCGACUCGCUCCGCCUCCUCCUCCCUCUCUCGAUCUUCGGUUUCCGCCUUCUCGAAUGGUGGUACUCGCCGACAGGCGGCGCAGGACGACUCGGUCGAGGCAGCAAGAAAGGUUCUCAACCCGCCCUUCGCGCUCCGCCUCCUCCUCCCUCGUCCGCGUCCGCCGACUCUGACGAGCGAGGGAAGUGCGUCGUGCACGGUGGACCGGUCGAGAACCCUACUGCGCUGCCGAGUGGAUGGAUCGGGUGUUACAAGUGUUUGAGGGGGCUCGAGGAGGAGGUCGAGGAUCCGGCCGCGGGAGGGGCGAAGAGGGGAACGGGCAGGUUGAGGGACCCGAAGACGGGCGAGUGGGUCGACGUCGGGAGGUUGAGAAGGAUCAUGGGCUGA